UCCAAUGAUGAAUAGAUUUAUUAUUAUGUUAUUUAAUGUCAUAUUUGAAUAGAUUUACUUUAAUGAUGAUCUAUAAUUAAUACUAUAUUCUAAAGAGUUUACCAUAAAUAUAAAUAAUCAUUAAAUGUGUCCAUGUCACAUUUAGUUAUAAGUCAUGUAAUCAAUUUUAGUAUGUUAUGUUAUAUUUAUCUAGCGAAAGUGAUUGUAAAAAUAACAUGUGUUAAAAUCACUUGGCAAAUAAUGUUUAGGGGAUGGAAAAAAAAGUUGAGGUUUUGCAAGCCAAAUUGUUCAAGGAAAGCAAAAAUAAGAAACUAGGAAAUUGGUUUGUGAAAAAGUACUCCUUAAUUAGAAGUAAUCAGCAGUAAUAUUAAGUAGAUCUUUGCAUGUCCACGUGUACAAAAUCUAAAUUUAGAACAUUCUAUUUUUAUAUAUUAUAUACUUUUGAGAUUUUCUAAAACAAUACAUAUUUUUUCUUAAACGAGCUAGAUAUAAUUAAAUGGUUUCUACGUUAUCAUCUUUACAUUAGACCAUUUCUAACUCACCUCUAUUUUUAUCUCUAUAUUUUAUUUCAAAAUAGAAAAACUCUAUUAUAAAGUUGGAUUUGCUCCAAUGUAUGCAUUUAUAAUAGAGUUCUUCUAUUUAUAGAGGAAAAUAUAAAUAUAUGUUAUUUUCACCUUUAGAUUUAGAGAUAAAAAGUUACUUUCUUCCAUAUUUUCUCUAAAAUAGAGAAAUUUUAUUAUAAAGACAUACAUUGAAUUAAUUUUAAUUCUAGAAUAAAGAUGUCUAGUGUAGAGAAAAAUAUAGAGAUAUACAUUGGAGAUGCUCUAAAACACUUCUUUUUACUUUGACAUUUUCACAUAUCUAAUAUCUUCUCUGUUUGAUCGUCUCCUCUAUUAUACUAGUUACGUUGGCCUACAUAAAUGGCUCGUAGUUUUACGGUGGUUAUAGUGUUAUUGACCAUCGUGUGUCACCAACUCAUGAGCACCAGUGCUGCCACUAAUGCCGAAAACGGAUGGGUCGAUGCUCAUGCCACUUUUUACGGGGGCAGGAAGGGUGAAGAAACUAUGCAAGGAGCGUGUGGAUACGGCAGUCUCUUCGAGCAAUCCUACGGCUUAGCGACAGCGGCUCUAAGCACAGCUUUGUUCAACAACGGAACCACGUGCGGUGCAUGCUAUGAGAUCAUAUGCGUCAACGCUCCACAGUCAUGCAUCAAAGGAGCAAGACCUAUACGCGUUACAGCUACUAACUGGUGCCCACCGAACUACAGAGAUGGUAGUUGGUGCAAUCCACCACGGAAACAUUUCGAUCUUUCGCUACCGAUCUUUCUCAAGAUCGCUAAGUACAAAGCAGGGAUCGUUCCGGUGAAGUACAGGCGAGUUAUGUGUCCGAAAAAGAGUGGUGUCAAGUUUCAGUUAGCUGGAAAUCCUUAUUUCUUGAUGGUUACUGUUUUCAACGUUGGACGUGUGGGUGUUGUGGUUGAGGUUAAGGUGAAAGGUUCGAAGACUGGUUGGAUUCAGAUGACGAGGAAUUGGGGACAGGUUUGGGAUACGAAUACGGUGUUAACCGGACAGAGUUUGUCGUUUUUGGUUGCUACAAGUGAUGGGAAACGUUUAAAGUUUAAUAAUGUUGCUCCAUCUAAUUGGCAGUUUGAUAAAACUUAUGAUGGCAAGAUUAAUUUUUAGUUGGAAAACUCCUUUGUUUUUAGUGUCUAUCUUUAGGAAAAAAUAUUGUAUCUUUAAUGGUUUUAAAUAGUGACUAAAAUAAUUAAUAAGAAUAAUUAAUUUAUUUCCAGUCUUUACAAUGUACACCAUUCACAAAGAAUAUUUUAUACAUACGGUUCCUUACAAUAAGAUUUUACUAGUCCAUUAUAUGUU